CUCCAGUGCACACUAAUUUUUGGAUUUCCACCCCCGUUACUAUCCUCACAUGACACACCAUUUAUUUUAUUUUAUAAAUUUAUAAUCAAAAUAAGCACCAAUAUGAGUAACUUACCUGAAUUGAAACAAAAUGGUGAUUUAAAGGAACCCUUUCUUAUAGGAGUAGCGGGUGGAACUGCCAGUGGAAAGUCUACAGUGUGUAAGAAAAUCAUGGAAGCUUUAGGUCAAGCAGAUAUGGAUCAUAAAGAAAGACAGGUUGUUUCUAUAAGUCAAGACAGCUUUUAUAGAGAGCUUAGUACAGCUGAGAAAGCAAAAGCAGAGAAGGGUUUGUUUAAUUUUGAUCAUCCAGAUGCGUUUGACGAGGAACAAAUGUUACGUGUGUUACAAGAUAUUUUAGCUGGUCGAAAAGUCGAAAUUAAUAGUUAUGAUUAUCGAACCAAUUCCGUUGCUCGAGACAAAAAAAUAACAAUAUACCCAGCUGAUGUCGUAUUAUUUGAAGGGAUUUUAGUAUUUUAUUUUCCUCAAAUUCGUGAUUUAUUCCACAUGAAGCUGUUUGUCGAUACGGAUAGCGAUACGCGACUAGCUCGAAGAGUACCACGUGAUAUAAAUGAAUUUGGACGGGAUCUUGAAACUGUGCUUAACCAAUACAUGACUUUUGUUAAGCCCGCUUUUGAAGAGUUCUGUUCUCCAACCAAAAAGUUUGCAGACGUUAUAAUACCCAGAGGAGCAGAUAACACAGUUGCAAUUGAGUUAAUAGUCCAACAUAUCCGUGAUUUUCUAUAUGAUCGUACUUUACCUGAUGUUAGUACAAUUAAUACAUCUGGUAAUAAUUUACCUAUAUCAGUUAUUAGUACGACUUUAACAGGCAUAAACGCUGUUCUACAAGAUCAAAGAGAAGCUUAUUUUAAUGGUUCAUCGUAUAUCAGAUUAUUCCAGCCAAUGGUGUUAUGGCGACACUCAGUUAUCAGCUUUAGAACAUGUAAAGGAGGUGAACUAUUUUCUCAAAGUUACAAAGAACAUACAUUAUCUGUUAAAGUUUUAACUGAUGGAGUUUCAGUAUUUUUUUUCACACCUCGAACUAAUCCAAUAGAAGUUUUAGUUCCUGCACAUCUUCUAGACAAUAAAUGGCACACAUUACAAUUUAAGUAUCAGUCGGGAAAUUUAAAUCUUUUGAUUGAAGGUGUAUCAACGAUUAUUGCCAACUCUUCAUACAAUAGCCUUAUGAUCACCGACGAUGAAAUAAAACGCGAAACUGCUAUUCUAAUAGUAGGAAACAAAUAUUCUGGAUGUCUUUUGCAAGGACCGAACCUUGUUUUUAAAACUGAAAGCAAUGGAGGUGUUGUAUUUGGCAAGUGUCCCUUAGCGGAUGGGCCGUGUUCAGAUACUGAUAUUUUUAUAAGUGAACCAAUAGAUCACUGCACAAAUGAACCUUGUAUGCAACAUGGAGAUUGCAUUUCUACCAAAGAUGGAUAUGAGUGUAAAUGUUAUGCAAGAUACGAUGGUAAAAAUUGUCAAAUAGAUAUUGGCUCUCCAUGUCGAAAGCUUCCUUGUAAAAAUGGAGCUCAAUGUGAAGAAGAUUUUAAAGGAGAUUUCACCUGUCAUUGUUCUAGUGGAUUUAUAGGAAAAUUUUGUGAAAUUGAGUCUAUUGUCCAUCCUUUGUGUGCAACGAACCCAUGUUAUAAUAAUGGCACUUGCACAGUAGACACACUAAAUCAGAUGAAUUGCACAUGCUUGGAGGGGUAUUUUGGAGAAAAAUGUGAGCAUCAUAUAAAUAAUUGUGAUUCACAACCGUGUUAUAACAAUGGUCGAUGUAUUGAUUUGCCGGUUGGGUAUAGUUGUGAUUGUGAAGGAACUGGAUACUCUGGUAAAGUUUGCCGGGAUAAUAUAGAUGAAUGCACAAAGAGUCCGUGUCUCAAUGGAGGUAUAUGUUUCGAUAAUUAUGGAUUUUAUACAUGUGAGUGCCCGUCUGGUUUUGGAGGGCAAAAUUGUGAACAAAAUGUUAGUGAAUGUUCAUCAUUGCCGUGCCAAAAUGGAGGAACUUGUCAAGAACUAAAUGGAGGCUUUGAAUGCAAAUGCGCACCUGGAUUUAGUGGAAUUUUGUGUGACAACGCACUUCCUUGUUAUCCUCCUUGUCCAAUUGAUUCUGAAUGCUUUGGCGGAAGAUGCGUUUGUAAGCCAGGUACUACUGGCUUAAUAGGACAUUGCAUAUCUAAAACACCAGUAAAAACUGCUAAAAGUAAUGCAUGUCCAAGUAAUUGUUUGAAUGGUGGUACAUGCUUUGGAAACGGUUCAAAUUACACAUGUGUUUGCCAUGCAAAUUUUACAGGUUUUCGAUGCGAGUAUCCGAUGGCGUUACCCUUUCAAGAAAUUUGUGAUUGCCAAAAUGGAGGUACAUGUAUCAACAAAACUCAUUGUGCAUGUCCUGCCGGUUUCGAUGGAAAUAAAUGUGAAAAACAAGAAAUAUGCAAUACUGCUAAUGAGUCUUGUGUUAGUCCCUGCUCUAACUCGCCUUGUUUGAAUGGAGGGACAUGUCUACAAAAGGGGAAAAAUUAUGUUUGUGAAUGUUCAACAGGAUACAACGGUACACACUGUGAAACAGAUUUUGAUGAAUGCAAAGCACAACCAGAUAUCUGUGAAAAUGGAAUCUGUGUGAAUAAACCUGGCUCCUUUCAAUGCUACUGUGAGCCAGGAUUCACGGGUAUUCAUUGUGAUUUAGAUGUAGAUGAAUGCUUAAGUCAUCCUUGUUUGAAUAAUGGUACUUGCGAUAACAAAAUCAACGACUAUGAAUGUCAAUGCUCGUCUGGCUACACGGGUAAAGAUUGUAGUGUAGAUAUUGAUGAAUGUGCGUCAAGUCCAUGCACAAAAGGAUCUACGUGCAAUAAUGAAAUUGCAAAUUUUACAUGUAGUUGUAUUCCUGGUAUGACAGGCAGAUUCUGUGAGAUAGAUAUUGAUGAUUGUGAGUCUCAACCUUGUCAGCAUGGUGGAAUGUGUAUUGAUCAAUUGGGAGGUUUUAAAUGCAAUUGCGAAGGAACUGGAUAUUCUGGUGUUUUAUGUCAAAUGAAUAUAGAUGAGUGUGCUUCGAAUCCCUGUCAGAACGAAGCUAAAUGUGAAGAUGAAAUUAAUGAUUAUAUAUGUAAUUGCUACACUGGAUAUAAAGGAAAAAAUUGCGAGGAAGAUAUAAAUGAAUGUGAAUCGAGUCCAUGCCAGUUUGGAGGUAGAUGUCUAGAACGUUCAAACAUAUCACUUUACCAAUCCAUUCAACAAUAUAGCCUUCCCCCAACGUUUUCACAAAAGUUUUCUAUAGAAAAUGCAAGUGGCUAUGAAUGUGUUUGUGUUCCGGGCACAACUGGUAUUAAUUGUGAAGUUAACAUAAAUGAAUGUGAUAGUAAUCCAUGUAAGAAUGGUAACUGCAAUGACCAAAUAGGAGGAUAUGUGUGCGAUUGUGAGCCCGGCUUUGAAGGAGAUCAUUGUGAAAUCGAUAUCAAUGAAUGUGAUAAAUAUCAACCAUGUUUAAAUGGUACUUGUAUCGAUGGAAGAGAUGACUAUGUGUGUGAUUGUGAUGGAGGAUGGGGAGGAAAAAACUGUUCAGUAGAAUUAAUUGGUUGCAGAGAUUCACCUUGUUUAAAUAAUGGAAGCUGUAUCCCCUUUUUAGAAUAUGAGACAGACCACAAAUUUAAUUGCUCAUGCCUAAAUGGCUUCCAAGGUUCAACGUGUGAGCAAGGGACAACAAUGUCUUUAGUUGCAAGUAGUUUACUAACAGUCAACACUACAAGAGAGGAAGGAUACGACAUCUCUUUAAGAUUUAGAACUACAUUACCUAAUGGCAUUUUAGCAUUUGGGAAUGCCAAUUCUUAUAGUUACAUUUUAGAGCUAAAAAAUGGUAGACUGAAUCUUCAUUCAUCACUAUUGAAUAAAUGGGAAGGUGUUUUUAUAGGGUCUAGCUUAAACGACACAAAGUGGCAAAAAGUUUUUGUAGCCAUUAAUUCAUCUCACUUAGUUCUUUCAGCAAAUGAAGAGCAAACCAUCUAUCCAAUUAAUUCAUAUGAAGGCUCUAAUAUGAGUCAUACAAGUUUCCCGGUGACAUAUUUGGGAGGCACUAUACCUAAUCUUCACUCUUAUUUGCGACACUUAAACAAUCAUGAACCAACAAGUUUUGUCGGAUGUAUGCAGGACGUUGUGAUUAACGGACAAUGGGUUCUCCCAAGUAGCCAAAAUCCUUUUACUAGUUUAUUGAACGUUCAGGAAGGUUGUCAACGUAUAGCACAAUGUAACCCAAAUCCAUGUAAUUCAAACGGUCAUUGUACGGAUUUGUGGCACACCUAUCGCUGCACUUGCCAGCGUCCAAAUUUAGGACCUACAUGCAAGUACAAUAUAACGGCGGCAACAUUUGGAAAUGAAAACACAAAUCAUUCCGCUGUUGUUGUGACAGUAAGUGAUGUUGCACGCAGGACAAUCCGCUCAAUGUUGAACAUUUCAAUGUUUAUUCGGACACGACAAAGCACAGGAAUCAUCUUCCAUUUGGGAUCAGCGACUCGUGGUUCAACAGAGCCUACAGGCUCUUAUGUGUCAGCCCAACUUGACAAAGGAGAAUUGUUUGUGCGAAUGAGAUUUAAUGGUACACCAGAAGGUUACACAGUUGGAGGAAAUAAACUUGAUAAUGGCUAUAAUCAUUUAAUAGAAGUUAUACGCAAUGGCACGCUUGUUCAAGUGAAACUAAAUGGAACAGAAUAUUUUAGAAAAACAUUGUCCUCCAGUGGUAAUUUAAACGCACAGUUGUUAUAUCUUGGAGGCCCACCAUUAGACAUGGACUCUGAAGAAAAGUUUACUAUUGAAGAAAAAGAUCGUAUGUACUUUAAAGGAAUAAUUCAAGAUGUACAAAUAUCAAAUGGAUCAGACUAUGGUUUGAUGGGGGUAGAGCUGUACCCACUCAAGGAACAAGAGGAAGGAUUAGAGCUUCCACGACCGUUCGGUGACGUCAUAAUUGAUAGAACAUCAGUACUAGAAGGAGUAGUAUCAGAUGACCUAUGCAAAACAAAGCCUUGCAAACAUGAUGCAGAGUGUCAAAAUACUUGGAACGAUUUCAUUUGUAUAUGCCCUCGAGGAUACAAGGGCAAGCUAUGUCAAGAUAUUCAGUUUUGCGAGUUACAAAAAUGUCCAGGAAAUGCAGAAUGCAAAAACUUGGAUGACGGAUAUGAUUGUGUGUCAAAUGUUACUUUCAAAGGUGAUCAAGAAGCACCUUUAGCUUACACUUUUAAUAGGCAUAUUGAUAUUUUGAGUAAUAAGCUAGACCACACUAUCGAAAUUUCUUAUAAAACUAAAAAAGGAGGCACUAUUUUGUUUGUGCAAGAUGGAGAUAUGUUUUUUCACAUUGUUGUCCAUAAAGAUCAAGUUAAAGUUCAAUGGUUGCUUUCUACAGGCUCAAUGAAACAAAAUAAAUUUCAGAAAGAAGAUACAAACUAUGAUUGGAAUACAAUUUUAAUUAAGAUUCAACAAGAUGGUAAAUUUGAAGCCGGAUGGAAAGGCUGGGAAGAUUAUGUUGAACCAAUUCCAUCAGUAUCGGACCACAUAGAUUAUAAUGCUUUUAUGCACCUAUUUUCCGGGAAAUUUUUGAUUUUCGUUGGUGGAAUAACAAACAAUAGUGAACAAAAUGUCAAUGAUCAAAUUCCAAUGUUCAAGGGAUGUCUUGGAGAAAUUCGAAUUGGCGGAAUCUUGCUACCUUUUUUCCCACAUAAAGAAAUUUACCCCGAAGAAACAUCUCAAGCAAAGUCGUAUUAUAGUUUAAACUCGACAAAACCGGAAGAAGGUUGCGUGGUAUGUUUUCAACAAGACUGCAAAAAUGGGGGUAUUUGUACUAAUGCCUCUGAAAUAUAUUCUUGUGAAUGUCCAGCUGGCUAUAGCAAUGAUGAUUGUUCAUUAAAUAUUGAUGAAUGUCAAGAAUCACUUUGCACCAAUAAUUCAACCUGUAUCGAUGGUAUUGCGAGCUAUGAGUGCUCUUGUGGUCCUGGUUGGGAAGGAACAUAUUGCGAAAAAGAGAUAGAUGAAUGUGCUUCAAGUCCUUGUCAUAAUGGAGCAACUUGUACAGAUUUACUAGGUGAUUUUAAAUGUACUUGCACUGAGGAAUAUGCUGGACUACAAUGUGAUGUUUUGAAACUAGUAACUUGUGAAAAUCAUCCCUGCAAAAAUGGAUCUACAUGUGUUGACGAAGUUGAUUCAACUACGGGAAAUAACUUUACAUGUUUUUGUACGCCAGGAUAUCAAGGUGCAUUAUGUGAUUUAGCUUUUUGUCAAGUAAAACCUUGCGAAAAUGGAGGGUUUUGUAUUGAAAAUGAACCUCCAACGCAACCAAAAUGCGAAUGCAGUGUGGGUUUUGAUGGUGAAUAUUGCGAAACAAAUAUCAAUGACUGUAUACCAAAUCCUUGUCAAAAUAAUGGCUACUGCGUUGACGAAGUAAAUGGAUACAAUUGUAAUUGUCAUAAUACUGGCUUUGAAGGUAUAAAUUGCGAAGUAGACAUUGAUGAAUGUGCCUCAGGAUUAGUGAACUGUGGCAGUGGAAGUUGUUUAAACCUAGCAGGAUCAUUCAAAUGUGCCUGUGAAUAUGGAUUAUGCGGACGAGGUUGUUCUUUUGUUGACUAUUGUGCUGGGGUUAAUAUUUGUGCAAAUGAAGGACAUUGCAUUGAAACAUGUGAUGAUAGAUCUGACUACUAUUGCAAUUGUACUUUUGGAUUUACUGGCAAAAACUGUACAGAACAGAUUGCUAUCGAAAGUAAAGGUCCAUCAACUACUGACAUUGCGAUAAUUGUGGUUCCUGUGGUAGUAGGAAUAAUAGCGCUUUUGGGAGCCAUAUUAGGGACUUUACUAGUUAUGGCUCGAAAUAAAAGAGCAACUCGUGGAACUUAUAGCCCAAGUGCACAGGAAUAUUGUAAUCCGCGUCUUGAAAUGGAUAAUGUUUUAAAGCCACCACCUGAGGAAAGGUUGAUAUAAAGCUAAAUAUAUUCUUAAAUAAUAAACGUAUUCCAAAAUCAUUUUUGUCGCGAUAUACAUAAAUUUAUGUAUAUUUGAUAUAUAUAUAUGAUAUAUAUAUGAUAUAUGAUAUAAAUAUUUUUUAAGUAAAAUCUCUUUGAAUAUAAAGACACAUUAAUUAUAAAAGCAAAUUUGAAAGACUUCGAAACAAAAUGUUUUUUAAAUAAAA